GUGGAGGCGGAACAGCACCAUGCUUGUGAUGAAGGCGUUCCACCUUCCAGCCUUCGGAGUCGUCGUUCCCUUUCUGCUGCAGCUCCUACAAGAGCCCUGCCAAGCGACCCAGGCAGAAUGGGAACCUCUACUUUUGAAGUUUCCUGUACAUUUGUACGAUUUGCGGGUAACCGGUGGCCAAAACCGGAGCUGCAACAACACAACUGAGAACCCGAGGCUGCAGCAAAUGUUCUCUGCAUUAGACACCGUCUUCCAAGGAGUAGAGCAUCUAUCACAGUUGGUGACGCAGGCUUGUUCCGAUCCAACCACGACAAAGCAAUGGCAGGAUAUAUAUGAAGACACGUUCAAGCUCACUAGCUUGCUUGAGAAAAUUCAGAAAAGAUUGCCAAAAGUAGUAAGCGGAAUUAACGUAACCAAUAAUUCCUGUCCACCAGUGGAAACCCGUUUAAAGCAACUGGAUGUCACAUACGGUGAUGACUCUCAAGGUUCACAUGGCUCUGGCCUCUAUUUAGAUGUGAGGACAGAAACGAUCACAAAGAGAGGGUGCUCACAUAUCAACACUUUCAGAAACAUGAUGCCAGCAAUAAGAGGUUUCACGAAUAGUCUGGGAAAUCCGUGUGUAGUCGUCACGUCCACAACAUACACAACAUUCCCAGUAUCAAGCACACCACCAAUAUCAUCAGCAUCGGUAGUAACAACUGGAACAUCGAAAGUUACAAGGACAACAUCAGAAGAAACUCCAAAAUCUUACGCAUCUGGAACGACAUCUAGUGGAACAACAAUGCUUACAGAAAUUCCUACAAUAUCUGUAUCUGGUACAACACCUACUGCACCGACAACAGGACCUGGAGAAACCCUUUCAAUUUCGGUAUCUCGAACAACACCAAGGUCACCAACAACAGGACCUAGAGAAACUUCUACAAGUAUUGUAUCUGGAACAACACCUACUGCACCAACAACAGGACCUGGAGAAAUCUUUUCAACUUCGGUACCUCCAACAUCAACAAGUUCACCAACAACAGUACCUAGAGAAACUUCUACAAGUAUUGUAUCUGAAACAACACCUAGUGGAACAACAUCAGUACCUGGUGAAACUCUUUCAACUUCGGAAUCUGAACCAACACCCACUGGAACAACAACAGGACCUAGAGAAACUUCUACAAGCAGUGCAUCCGAAACAACACCUAGUGGAACAACAACAAUUAACAGACAAACUCCUACAACUUCUGUUUCUGGAAAAAUACCUACUGCACCAACAACAGGACCUGGAGAAAUCCUUUCAACUUCGGUACCUUCAACAACAACAAGUUCACCAACAACAGGACCUAGAGAAACUUCUACAAGCAGUGAAUCCGAAACAACACCUAGUGGAACAACAACAGUUACCAGAGAAAGUUCUACAACUUCUGUAUCUGGAACAACACCUACGGCACCAACAACAGGACCUGGAGAAACCUUUUCAACUUCGGUACCUCCAACAACUAGUUCACCAACAACAGGACCUAGAGAAACUUCUACAAGCAUUGAAACCGAAACAACACCUAGUGGAACAACAACAGUUACCAGAGAAAGUUCUACAACUUCUGUAUCUGGAACAACACCUACGGCACCAACAACAGGACCUGGAGAAAUCUUUUCAACUUCGGUACCUCCAACAACAACUAGUUCACCAACAACAGGACCUACAGAAACUUCUACAAGUACUGUAUCUGAAACAACACCAAGAGGGACAACAACAGUACCUGGAAAAACUCUUUCAACUUCGGAAUCUGAACCAACACCUAGUGGAACAACAACAGGAACUAGACAAACUUCAACAAGUAUUAUAUCUGAAACAACACCUAGUGGAAAAACAACAGUACCUAAAGAAACUCUUUCAACAUCGGAAUCUGAGCCAACACCUAGUGGAACAACAACAGGACCUAGAGAAACUUCUACAAGCAUUGUAUCUGAAACAACAUCUAGGGAAACAACAACAGUACCUAAAGAAACUCUUUCAACUUCGGAAUCUAAACCAACACCUAGUGAAUCAACAACAGGACCUAGAGAAACUUCUACAAGUAUUGUAUCUGAAACAACACCUAGCAGAACAACAACAAUAUCAAAAGAAACUCUUUCAACUUCAGAAUCUGAGCCAACACCCACUAGAACAACAACAGGAUCUACAGAAACUUCUACAAGUAUUGUAUCUGAAACAACACCUAGUGGAAAAACAACAGUACCUAAAGAAACUCUUUCAACUUCGGAAUCUGAACCAACACCCACUAGAACAACAACAGGACCUAAAGACACUUCUACAAGUAUUGUAUUUGAAACAACACCUAGUGGAAAAACAACAGAACCUAAAGAAACUCUUUCAACUUCGGAAUCUGAACCAACACCUACUGCAUCAACAACAGGACCUAGAGAAACCUCUACAAGUAUUGUAUCUGAAACAAUACCAAGUGAAAAAACAACAGUACCUAAAGAAAUUCUUUCAACUUCAGAAUCUGAACCAACGCCUAGUGGAAAAACAACAGGACCUAAAGAAACUUCUACAAGUAUUGUAUCUGAAACAACACUUAUUGGAAAAACAACAGUACCUAAAGAAACUCUUUCAACUAAGGAAUCUGAACCAACACCCACUGGAACAACAACAGGAACUGGAGAAACUUCUACAAGUAUUGUACCUGAAACAACAUCUAGGGGAACAACAACAGUACCUACAGAAACUCUUUCAACUUCGGAAUCUAAACCAACACCUAGUGAAUCAACAACAGUACCUAGAAAAACUUCUACAAGUAUUGUAUCUGAAACAACAUUAAUUGGAAAAACAACAGUACCUAAAGAAACUCUUUCAACUUCGGAAUCUGAACGAACACCCACUGGAACAACAACAGGACCUAGAGAAACUUCUACAGGUAUUGUAUCUGAAACAACAGCUAGUGGAACAACAACAGUUAACAGAGAAACUUCUACAACUUUUGCAUCUGGAACAACACCUACUGCACCAACAACAGGACCUGGAGAAAUCCUUUCGACUUCGGUACCUCCAACAACAACAAGUUCACCAACAACAGGACCUGGAGAAACUUCUACAAUUGUUGUAUCUGAAACAAUACCUAGAGGAACAACAAUACCUAAAGAAACUAUUUCAACUAAGGAAUCUGAACCAACACAAACUGGAUCAACUUCGGAAUCUGAGCCAACACCUAGUGGAACAACAACAGGAUCUACAGAAACUUCUACAAGUAUUGUAUCUGAAACAACACCUAGUGGAAAAACAACAGUACCUAAAGAAACUCUUUCAACUAAGGAAUCUGAACCAACACCCACUGGAACAACAACAGGACCUGGAGAAACUUCUACAAGUAUUGUAUCUGAAACAACAUCUAGGGGAACAACAACAGUACCUAAAGAAACUCUUUCAACUUCGGAAUCUGAACCAACACCCACUGGAACAACAACAGGAAAUAGAGAAACUUCUACAAAUUCUGCAUCUGGAACAAGACCUACUGCGCCAACAACAGGACCUGGAGAAAUCCUUUCAACUUCGGUACCUCCAACAGCAACAAGUUCUCGAGCAACAGAACCUAAGGAAACUUCAACAAGUGUUGUAUCUGAACAAUACCUAGAAGACCAACAACAGAACCUAAAGAAACUUCUACAAGUGUUGCAUCUGAAACAAUACCUACAGGAACAACAACAGUACCUAAAGAAACUCUUUCAACAUCGGAAUCUGAACCAACACCUAGUCGAACAACAACAGGACCUACAGAAACUUCUACAAGUACUGUAUCUGAAACAACACCUAUUGGAAAAACAACAGUACCUAAAGAAACUCUUUCAACUUCGGAAUCUGAGCCAACAACUAGUGGAACAACGACAGGAUCUACAGAAACUUCUACAGGUAUUGUAUCUGAAACUACACCAAGUGGAAAAACAACAGUAG